AUGCGUUGUGACUUCGGAGAGCCAGAUGAAUUACUCAUCAGCAAUGCUCUCGUUAUGUGCCACAUGGAUAUUGAUGACUUUUCCUCCGCAAUUGUAGUAUGUCCACGGCGAGUUGACAACGUCGAGUAUAUCUUGCAUCCUCGUCCAACUUCCGAUGGAAACGCUCAUCUCAAUACUUACGUGAGUGAUGAAGGUGUGUAUCGUGCUGUUUCGCUUUCGGAUGUAUUCGUCACCGAAUCGCCAGUGUCAUUCGCCUCAGUGGAAUCGGAUCAAAUGCAAAAUAUUCUGCAUAUAGAGUUGCCUACUGAGGAGUUGUUUGCAAUAACAGAACGCCGCUGGAUAUUCAUCUGCGGUCCAAGAAAUCUGAACUUGAGUGAUGCAUUGCAACGUCAACUGGACCACAUAAAUGGAGCCAUACAGAUACAAGAUUUUCCAUGGACUCCAGUCACUCCAUUGAGUCAAGAAAUAUCAAAGAUAGGGCAUGGUUUGGGUGUGUUUGUCUUGUACGGCGAACGUAUGUACUUACGUCUUCAAGGCUGUGGAAGCCACCCCUCGCCAUUGUUCGCUCCGGGUAAUGAGGUUAUUAUAGACCCAGUCACAGCCACCCGUUCAUGCGUUGCGGACCCUAUGUCGGAAUCACGCAUCGGAUUUCUUUGCGAAGGGCGUAUUGAACCUGAGGAUUGCAUGAGAUCACUCAUUGACUCUAAUGGAGAAGUUGUGGCUACCCCCGAACCACAUCUGUAUUGGGGUUUCGGUGACCAUAGACCUUGGGUAGCAGCCAAGUAUUUUGAGAAAUUCGCACUGCCGCCAUUCAGUGGCGAAUGUAAAUGCGUCGAUUCCGAAACAGGUCAGGUGAAGGCCAGGAUAGAGAUACGCUCUAAAACUGAGUACAUUUGUGACAUUGCCAGCAAGGUUUUCCGUGACCGUUACCACCCCAUACGUGGCCCUUGGUGUUCAGUGGUGCUUCAUCCGGGUAGCACCUUGACAAUAAUGUUUCCAAUAGAGUUUCUAGACUCAAGCUCAGAAGAAACUAUUGACAUGGAUGUCUACGAAGCUUCCCCGUCUGGCCCUCUCUCUCAAGAACCGCCUAGAUAUUUAUUCAAAACUGAAUUCCUGCCAAAGGAUCUAACUACACUUCGGCAACUGAGUACACCUUACGAUGUUUAUAUCUACGAGGAGGUCUUGUAUCAAAGGGUAAUUGCUGGAGAUGCUCUCGAGUUGGAUGUUUCUCAAAUGCACCAUGGGGAAGUAAAACUGACAUACUAUGAGGAUAAGCCUCUUGCACUUAGGAGAGGAUCCAACUCGUUCUUUUAUCAUUGGAUAUUAGAAGCUAUAAACAACUACGUAUUUGAUGGGAUACGCGCCGCCGUUAAUAUAUCCCUUGCAUUUACUCAUUACUAUGAUAUAGUUGGUUGCGACCGAGGACCACAACAUGUAUUUGAUCCAGACAUGAGCAAGGACCAUUGCUCAGUAAAAUCUAUGGGGAAUGGUAUAGGGGAUAUUUACGAAUGCUCUUACCAUAUUACGUGGGAUGGCUGGCAGGUGGGUAUUUACUGCAGACCAGACGAAGAGCUGUUGCCGAACAAUUGUGAGUCCACAGGAUACGACCUAUCAUCUAAUAAGGUUAUGCAACUCCCUGAAUCUGUUCGUAAUGCUACCACUUACCCUAUUCGAGGAUUUCAUGUGUUCGAUCUUUACUCAAACGGCGAUACCCCUCUCAAUUAUGCUUGCGUCUGUGUUGACCAACGUGGGUACGAAAAAUCAAAGCUCAUUUUAAAGUAUACCACAGACGAUUUCCACACAUACAAAGUACACCGCGCAGAGCGACCUCAUAGGUCACUUCUUCACAUGUUGCUGCCCUGGAGGGAAGUCGGUUUAUCAAUCGAUGGGCUCACAUCACCGGAAUCGCUUACGAUACACUACGUACCACAAAGUACCAUUACAAUAGAAGUAGGAAGAACUUUGUUGCUGCAUUGUGAAAACGGUUUGGAUGCUUUUCAAAUACUUAAUGAGCCAUUAAACGUUCACGCUAACCCGGGCAGGGAGACAUUGAGAUGGCUGCCAGACAAUCCUGAAGAAUUCUAUUAUACCGUCUUCCAUACGCCAAAUGGGCCGGAGCUUAUUCGUCAGAAAUACGAAGAUUCCAUGGCUAUGAGUGAUGGUGCAUUGGAUGUCUAUUACACCGAACACUCGAGUAUACCUGGAUAUCUAAAAUUGGAGAUAUCAUCACACCGGGGUUCCAUAAUCAUAUCUAAAGAUCCACUACACAAGCGAUUUGUCCCCAUGACAUUUGUCUGCGGAAAAUCACCCCAACCAUCAGAUUUGUCCAUCAUGACUGGUGAUGGAUCCACUUCAGGCACCUCUGCCCAGCCCACUUCCCAUAUAAGGAGAAUGUAUAUAGCAUACACGUGGCAUGUCGUGGAAGUUGACAUCGAAACUACGGAUCCCUAUAUGCAAGGCUGCGGCGUUACCUACUCGUCGGAUGUGUUAUUCAAGCCUGAGACACCCCAACUCUACGACGCUGAUGGUCAACUUCAGCUCGGUUGCAAAAUAGACCUCCAAGCUGCCAAGGAGACGGCGUUCUACUGCCCGGCGCCGUAUGUCCUGGACCCACCCAAUUGCUUCAGCCAGGUCUACGUGGACGGAGUUGUAAAGAACAUGAGAGAGCUCAGCAAGUCAUUGGUGUCGUCUCGGUCCAACCACUUCGUCAUCCUGCGUUUAUACAGUUCGCUCAUAGGACCCGAGGAGACACUGCGCCAGGCGCCGCCAUUGGAGUGUCGUUGCGUCACCGUCAAGGGUAUCAUCCUCUCCACCAUCCAGAUCGAGAACUAUUACGCCAAGUAG